AUGGCCCACGCGGGCAGCAGCUUCCAAUGGGACAAGCUGUCACCUGCAGAGUUCCAGCAGCUGCAGGAGUUGACAUCGUAUUCAACCAAAAAACUUCAAGAUGUCCUCAAAGAGUUUUGUGAAGUCAAGAAGCAGAGUCCAGAUGGGGAUAUCGACUAUGAGGGGUUCCGCUGGUUUCUGGACACAUUCCUCGAAGUAUCAGCCCCAGAUGAACUGUCCAGGCACCUGUUCCUCUCGUUUGUACGUCGAGACCGGCGGCCGGCGCUCCGCGAGAUGGCAGCAGCGAGUUCCACCGCCGCUUGCGCAGCCGUAACCGCUCAUGCAGACCAUCAGGGCAAAUUGAGUUUGGCAUCCAAGAUCCACGGCUUGGCGGAGCGGCUACAGCAGCUGGGCAAGAGUUCCGGAGACUCGGUGGAUGGGAGCGAUAAGGGGUCCAGGAGUCGCACUGGAAGCGUCCACCCGAUGUUUACAGUAACGACCCACCCCUCAUACUCCUCGCACGAGCUCUGCCUGGACCGGCGCAACGAGACCAGCCCAAGCCACAGCCAGAUGUCCAGAAACUCCAGCCGGAAGAGCAGCAAUUCUCUUAGAGUCAACCAGUCUACUAAAAUCGAAGAUUUCAGGCACUUAAUGAGACGGUCGUCUACUCUAGAAGUCCACACAGCCCGGGUGUCUUUGAAAGACAUCGUCUGCUACCUCUCACUCUUGGAAGCCGGAAGACCAGAGGACAAACUUGAAUUCAUGUUUCGCCUGUACGACACGGACGGUAAUGGCGUUUUGGACACAAAUGAAAUGGACUGCAUUGUCAACCAAAUGAUGACUGUCGCGGAAUAUCUUGGAUGGGAGACUUCCGAACUAAGACCGAUCCUACAAGACAUGAUGGUGGAGAUAGACUACGAUGCUGACGGUACCGUCUCGCUUGAUGAGUGGAAGCGGGGAGGGAUGACAACAAUCCCAUUGCUAGUUCUGUUGGGGCUGGAUACGAAUGUGAAAGAAGACGGGGAGCAUGCAUGGCGACUGAAGCACUUCAGCAGACCGGCCUACUGUAACCUUUGCCUCAACAUGCUCGUCGGCCUUGGGAAAAAAGGACUUUGUUGCAUUUUCUGCAAGUUCACAGUACACGAACGUUGUGUGCAGAGGGCGCCUGCGUCGUGUAUUGCCACCUACUCCAAAUCGAAAAGGGCGCCGGCUACGUUAGCUCAUCAUUGGGUGGAAGGCAACUGCCAUGGGAAAUGCGCUCGGUGUCGGAAAAAGAUUAAGGGCUACAAUGGCAUAACUGGACUGCAUUGCCGCUGGUGUCAUAUCACUCUGCACAACCGGUGCGUGGGCAGCGCGGGCGGCGCGUGUUCGCUGGGCCGGCACGCGCGGCACAUCCUGCCUCCCACCGCCAUACGCCCGCUCGUACUCGACCGACAGAGGUCGCUGCCACACCGCCCGCAGAAUGAUCAGCAAUCUCUACCCACCUCAAUAUCAUUGCCAAUAUCGAUAGCAGCGUCUUCAGAAGAGAAGAAAGAAGAAAGAGAGAAGCGCGAACCUCGAGCACCCCCCAUCUCCUUUCAAAUCACACCACCUGAUGGGUCUUGUCCCUUACUCGUUUUCAUUAACCCCAAAUCUGGGGGAAGACAAGGAUCCAGGGUCUUAAGGAAACUACAGUAUAUUUUAAACCCACGACAAGUUCAUGAUAUCGCUAAAGGAGGACCUAUGCAAGGAUUGCAGAUGUUUAAAGAUGUGAAGAACUACAGAGUGAUAUGCUGUGGAGGAGAUGGCACCGUCGGAUGGGUGCUAGAAACUAUGGAUAAAGUCCAGAUGGACACUCAGCCGGCCGUCGGAGUGAUACCACUGGGUACUGGCAACGACUUGGCGCGGUGUCUACGGUGGGGAGGCGGAUAUGAAGGUGAAUCUAUCCACAAGAUUCUGGACAAGAUAGCCCGAGCUAGCACCGUCAUGAUGGACCGUUGGCACAUAGUCGUGGAGAAUACCACUACUGAUUGUGAGCAGCCUCAAAUGCCUGACUCGGCACCGCACCCCACAGUCGUCCCGUACAACAUCAUCAAUAACUACUUCUCUGUCGGAGUCGACGCGGCGAUUUGUGUGAAAUUCCACACGGAACGGGAACGCAAUCCGGACAAGUUCAGUUCUCGUAUGAAGAACAAGCUCUGGUACUUCGAGUUCGCUACUUCAGAGCAAUUCGCAGCCAGCUGCAAGAAUCUGCAUGAGCAUAUUGAUAUUGUUUGUGACGGUGCAUCCUUGGAACUGAACAAGGGUCCUGCGUUACAAGGCGUGGCUCUACUGAACAUACCUUACGCCCACGGAGGUUCCAAUCUAUGGGGGUCUAGUGGGGCCCAUCGAAGAGGACGGUUCCCCAACGCACAGCAAGAUAUCGGUGACAAGUUAAUAGAAGUCAUCGGAUUGGAAAACUGUCUGCACAUGGGACAAGUGAGAACUGGUCUUCGUGCAUCAGGCAGACGGCUGGCACAGUGCAGCUCCAUCACGUUAACGACUAAGAAGACAUUUCCAAUGCAGAUAGAUGGAGAACCUUGGAUGCAGCCACCUUGCAAGAUAAUGAUUACUCAUAAGAACCAAGUUCCAAUGCUGAUGGGACCAGCUCCAGAGAAAGGCAGAGGAUUCUUCAAACUCUUUACUCAUUGCUAACUUACACUACAAACUUC